UGCCUCUCAAAAUAGAAUCCGAUGUAUCUAGCCCUUACUAUGUUUUACAAAUUAUCUAUCGUUUCUUGAAAUAGAUAAUUGAGUUUUUGUUUAUAUUGAGUGUUGAUUUUGUGUAAUUUUCUUUUGCAGGGUUCGCAAAUUUGACCUAGCUAGACUGAGAAGAAGUAACAUAAUUAGUGGUAACCAAUAGCGUACUAGAGAAUUUUAAUGGUAAAAUCCUUCUAUUAAAUAAAUUGUAAAACACCUGUCUAUCAAAAUUAUUUAAAGAAAAAGUACUCAUUUCAAUGUGUGUGCCCCAUGCUACUUUCUUUGACUAUGUUCAUAGUAUAUUUUAUUAUUCUGUUACUACUUUUGUUCUUCAUAUAUCAUCUAUAAAUAGAGACGAACUAUUCUUCUCUUCCAACUUCCUCCUCAAAUACAAUACCCUUUACGUUAUUAACUUACUAUCAAUGGUGAAAGCUCUUCAGAAUACGACAAAGCGAAUGUCUCCAUCAUCAUCAUCAUCUUCAUCUUCAUUAUCGACAUCAUCAUCCAUAAGCAAGAAUAACAUGGCCAAGAAGUACAAAGGAGUGAGAAUGAGAAGUUGGGGUUCAUGGGUUUCAGAGAUCAGAGCUCCUAAUCAAAAGACAAGGAUCUGGCUCGGUUCUUACUCAACCGCUGAAGCCGCUGCUCGAGCCUACGAUGCUGCGCUUCUCUGUCUCAAAGGAUCUUCGGCUAAUAAUCUCAACUUCCCAGAGAUCUCAUCUUCUCUCUACAAUACCAACAAUGGUGACAACAAAAACACUAUUAACAUGUCUCCUAAGUACAUACAGAGAGUGGCUGCUGCUGCAGCUAACGCAGAUCCUUCUUCCUCAUCUGUCUCUACUUCAUCUCCAUUACUUUCCUCAUCUCCUUCUGAAGAUCUCUAUGAUGUGGUCUCCAUGUCUCAGUAUGACCAACAAGUAGUCUCCUUAUCUGAAUCAUCAUGGUACAACUGCUUUGAUGGUGAUGAUCAGUUCAUGUUACCGUAUUUGACAACACCACUUGCUGAUGAUUUCUUUGAGGAAGGAGAUAUCAGAUUAUGGAAUUUUUGUUGAUUCUGCUUUAAUUAUAUGAUCAUACCUUAUUUUUUACAGUCAUCAAAACAAAAGAUUAUUUGUUUC